AUGGAAGGGCAGGACCCGGAAGGACCUGGACCUUCCAAGAGAGCAAGGAAAGGUCCCCUGCCCAUCCAGGCUGGGAGUAGCAUCGAAUCCUGGGAGAGAGCUGUGCCAGAGAUCCGGAAUCAGGAGCUCCUGAACUCAGAAGUAUAUUGCCAACGCUUCCGGCAGUUCCGCUAUUGGGAGGCUGAUGGGCCCCGGGAGAGAUGGGGUCCAUCCGUGAAGAUGGAAGCUAAGUUCUGUGAGACAGAAAGAGCCCCUUCAGAGGAAGGGCAGUGGGCCCAAUCCCAGGAGUGUGCCCAAGGUGCCCUCUCAUGCGGCAGCGAAGAGACAGUGUUGAUCCGUCCUCUUUGCGGAAGUGUGGAGACAGCUGCUGCGCUUCCAGACUGGCAGGGAAUGAUCAGUGGAAUGAAUGUGAUCGGGAAGUGCAUCAGCUAUUGCCAGAUAAAAAUACACACAGGGAAGAAACCUUUUGAAUGCUUAGAGUGUGGAAAGAGAUUCAGUCAUAGCAAUCUUCAAAGGCAUUUAAGAACCCACACAGGGGAGAAACCUUUUGAAUGCUCAGAGUGUGGAAAGAGAUUCAGUUGCAGUGGCACUCUUCAAAGCCAUGUAAGAACCCACACAGGGGAGAAACCUUUUGAAUGCUCCGAGUGUGGAAAGAGAUUCAGUUGCAGUGGCACUCUUCAAAGUCAUGUAAGAACCCACACAGGGGAGAAACCUUUUGAAUGCUCCGAGUGUGGAAAGAGAUUCAGUCAUAACAGCAGUCUUCAGCAUCAUCAAAGAAUACACACAGGGAAGAAACUUUUUGAAUGUUCAGAGUGUGGAAAGAGAUUUACUAGCAGUGGCAAUCUUCAAAGGCAUUUAAGAACCCACACAGGGAAGAAACCUUUUGAUUGCUCAGAGUGCGGAAAGAGAUUUACUAGCAGUGACAAUCUUCAAAGGCAUUUAAGAACCCACACAGGGGAGAAACCUUGUGAAUGUUCUGAGUGUGGAAAGAGAUUUACUAGCAGUGACAAUCUUCGAAGUCAUGUAAGAACCCACACAGGGGAGAAACCUUUUGAAUGCUCAGAGUGUGGAAAGAGAUUUACUAGCAGUGGCAAUCUUCAAAGGCAUCAAAGAACCCACACAGGGGAGAAACCUUUUGAAUGCUCAGAGUGUGGAAAGAGAUUCAGUUGCAGUGGCACUCUUCAAAGCCAUGUAAGAACCCACACAGGGGAGAAACCUUUUGAAUGCUCCGAGUGUGGAAAGAGAUUCAGUUGCAGUGGCACUCUUCAAAGUCAUGUAAGAACUCAAAGCCAUGUAAGAACCCACACAGGGAAGAAACCUUUUGAAUGCUCCGAGUGUGGAAAGAGAUUCAGUUGCAGUGGCACUCUUCAAAGUCAUGUAAGAACCCACACAGGGGAGAAACCUUUUGAAUGCUCCGAGUGUGGAAAGAGAUUCAGUUGCAGUGGCACUCUUCAAAGUCAUGUAAGAACCCACACAGGGGAGAAACCUUUUGAAUGCUCCGAGUGU